GAGCAGCUCUGAUCGAUUUACACUGAUAGGACUUUCUGCCCUAAAGUCUAUCCCCGGCAUUAUCUUCUACGCCAGCGUGACGCCACAUGCACAUCAGGAUGGACCCCGCCUACUGCAUUAUUCUUUGCACAUGGUUCACUAUUUGGACAAGAAUGCAGGCACAGGCAGCAGCUCUUCCAGAAUUUUCUGGUGAAGUGAGCUCAUCUGCGGAGCACCCAGAAUUUCAGAAAUUUUUGAUAAACAGCCGGAGGUUAACGGACAAGAUCCAGAAAGAGAUCAAAGUCAUCCAAAGGAGUUUGGUUCACAGCCAAUAUGAAGAGGAGAAGUUGGCAUUCAUGGAAGUCAGACUGCAGAUCCCUAAGGUGCACUUAAAAGAGUGCAUGUCUCGAGCUUUCCACUUGGAAACCUGUCUGGAAAGGGCAAAGGCUGGCCUGCAGAUGUUCCUGGACCACCUCCCUAUAGUGCAGAAGCAGUCACCAGAAACCCAGGAGGUAGAAACUUUGAAAGCAGACCUCAGGGACCUUCUCAAUGCCUUUAGCCAGCAGGUGACCAUCCACUCCCUACCUCAGAUUGAAUAUCCUCAUCAGCCAGUACCCACGUUUUCCAAUCAGUUUGAUGAACAGAUUGGCACUCACAUCAUCCUCAAUUACAUGACCCGCUUUAUGAAUGACAUGUACCGCAGUCUACGGAGCCUCAUAAGGAGCUAAUGGGAUUGUGCCAGACUGGAAUUUUAGAGACAUAUGUUUCUUCAUACUGUGUAUGGCUCAUAAUUUAUUUAUGAUUCAUAAUUUAUUUGUUGCACCAGCACUGAAUUUAAAUGCACAGCUAUAUUUAUAUUUCUAUUUAUUUUAAUAUUCAUAGGAAAAACAAUGCAAGUUAGAUGUGAAUAUUUGUUAAGAUGUUUCUCUGAAUCUCUGCUGUCUGCUGAGUGAUAUUACUCAUGUCACAGUUAUCGGACGUGUUGUAAAUGGAACUAUUUAUACCCAUGAGAGAGAAAGCAUGUAAAUUAAUUAUGGCAUUAGGCAUCAUGGGUGGCAUGGUGAUACAGUACUUAAGGCCUACUGCACCACACCUCCAAGUGCUGCCCAGGUCCCAGAAUAGAGCUGGCCCAUUCACCAUCUGUGCAGCGUUUGAACAUUCUCCCUGUGUCCCUGUGGGUUUUUGACCCAUGCAAAUUAGGUGAGUGAGUGAUUUGAAAUUGUUCUGAUGUGAAUGAGUGUGCCCUGACUUAUUCAAGUUCCGUUCUUGCCUUGAACCUGAUGCUGCUGCUG